GGUGAUGUGGAGGCAGGGGGAAAAGGCACACUGAUGAAACCAUGGCACCAAGAAGGAUAAGAAAAAUCAGCAAUCAGGCAGAAGGACACACAGAUGGUCAAAUUAGCAAAGAGAUGCGCCAAAAGCGGGGGGCGCUUUUUAUUCAACAGUUCGAGAAAGAAGGUUUUUAAUUUGAAGAAGGCCUAACCCUACCGUCCGUUUUCCAUGUUCUUCAAAUGAACUGAAUUCACUAUGUUCUCCCUUUACAGCACAGGACCGUAUAAACGAGAUGGAGGCAAAAUUGGAGCAGACUCUUGCAACAGUAGAUCAGGUUUUCAAAGUGGAAUUGAUGAAAAUGCCACCUGCGCUUCAAAAAACCCUGAUAAUGGAUUUAAUAAAUGAUGACAUUUCGGCAGGUGAAGUCACAAUCGCCAUAAAGACCGAGUCACCCGAGAUUCACCAGCCUCUCACUAGGAAGCUCAGUAAAAAAGUCAAAGGUUCCAAGAAAGCCAGAUUACUUGCCAAUAGCUCAAGCACUGGAAGCCUACGGUGUGCCACAUCCACAAAUACAAAAAUAACCAAAACUCGUCUUGCCAAAAUCAGUGAUCAGUCGCCACUGACUGGAACGAAACACGGAUCUGUUUUGCGGUCAGCCAGUGAUGACCACCUGUAUUGCUCCCUGUCUGGAUUGUCUCCACAUGUAACAAUCUCUACAGCCCAUGGAGAGACAUUGUGCCUCUCGGAUGAUACUGUUGAAGAUGCCGACAUUGGGUUACUGGAUGACAUGGCUAUUCUCCAGAUGCAGAAGUUGAUGAAACUGAUGGACUACCUUUACAACAAAGUCAAAGCGAAUCAGCAAUGAUACCAAGACAUCUAACGUUGAUCCACUAAUGCCACCUAUGCAUGUUUUACGUUCAAAUUAAAAGUUGUGAUUCAAUAAAUUGUAUUUGUAUA